AUGGAGAAUGUCCCUGAUUGGGAUCGCAUCAUCAAUGCCGCAUAUACGAUCGAGCUAUGGCAAGCUCGAAAUUGGAAUCGUAUGGUAGUUUGCGGGCCCACUGGACAACGGCCUGGUGCACAGCUCCAGGUCUUACCUCGUCCAGGAUUUGCUGAGAUGCCACCUAAUAUCUUUCCGAAGACGGUAGGCGGUAUACUCUAUUUAACUCACGACAACCUGAAGGAGCUCCUGGAACUCUAUGGGCAACCGACAGAAGGUGAUCAGUCUGCAUUGAUGGCUCAAUUUCUUGCAUACUGUAUUCAACUGGACGGUCAUGGACCAGUCGUUGCACCAGCCCUACACUCUGCACCACCACCUUUGUAA